AUGGAUAAAGACCAGAGCCGCGGCGAGUCGACUACGGGCAUCUCAGAGUGGAAGCAGCGCCCCCCGUACCGCAUCCACGAGAAGAACGAAGACUUCGACGUCAAGUACGAAGCCAACUGCCACUGCGGUAAUGUGAAGUUCCAACUGAGUCGGCGGGAGCCGCUGGACAGUAAACUGUGCCAUUGCACCACGUGCCAGACGCAGCAUGCCGCGCCCUUCCAAUGGGCCGCCAUCUUCCACAAAACCGACAUCAACUUCACCCACGGCCACCACUCGCUCGAAUGGUACGACCCGACCGACAAAUCCAUCGAGCACAAGUUGCCCUGCAAGGUGCGCUGCUCGUACUGCCACAGCCCCAUCAUGGACGAGGGGCGCAACAUGAUCCUGCUCUUCCCGUCGCUCGUGCACCUCAAGACGGACGAGGACAAGGCGUACUUCAAACCCCGCUGCCAUAUGUUCUACGGCCAGCGCGUCAUGGAUAUCCCCGACGGCUUGCCCAAGUGGAGCGGGCUGAGUGGUGAGAGCGAUUUGAUCGAGGAUAGUCCUAGGGAGAAGGUCGUGGAGUUGGAGAGGAAGAGGGAGCAGGAGAGGGAGAAGAAGUUGAAGGAGGGGGAGCCCGAGGAGACGACCAAGGAGGGCACGGGCGCGGGAGGAAACAGGAAGGAGGGCAGGGGUGCCAAUGCCUCGUAA